AUGGCUAGUGAAGCACCGUCUGCAAAACGUAAAAAAGCCUUUUCUUUUCAGUUCACGCGCAUUGACAACGCCACAAAGUUUUCGCCCGUUAACGAUGGAACGGGUGGCGAAGGCACCUAUGGUGAGGUGAAGCGCUGUCGUCACGUGGCCACCCAGCAGAUUGUGGCCCUGAAAAAGAUCAAAACGGAGCAAGAGGCCAACGGGUUUCCACAAACGGCACUGCGCGAAAUCCAGAUUCUCAAGCAGCUUCGCCAUGAAAACAUUGUGCAACUGCAAUCCGUUGCCGUCGUUAGCAAAGAAUGUUUGUACUUGCCCCAACAUGCUCUGCCGCUCCUUUUUACCGACAAAGAGUGCCCGAACUUGUUGCCGCCUGAGGUGAAGAACACAAAGUCGGGUAAAUUUUGCUACAUGGUACUCGAAUUCGUCGACCAUGAUUUAAACCGCAUCCUCACCGCCAUCAAAGCCAAAAAGCCCGCCGGAUCCCGCAAAUCUCCCGUCUCCACGACAAUCUUCAAAGGACUGGCCCUGCAAAUGCUGCGUGGACUGGACCACCUUGAAAAGAAUUGCGUCUUGCAUCGCGACCUGAAACCUGCAAACAUUCUCCUCAGCGCACAAGGCGUCAUCAAGCUGGCCGAUUUUGGUCUGGCCAAAUACCAUCACCCAGAUGUUCAUAAUGAACGCAAGGGCCAUACAGCGCUCGUCUGCUCGCAAUGGUAUCGCCCCCCAGAGCUUCUGGCCGGUCAAGUCUCGUAUCCCGAGAAGAUUGACUCGUGGAGCUUGGCCGUUGUGAUGGGCGAGCUUUUCAACCUUGAUCCGCUCUUUGACGGUCGCACGAGUUCAGCAGACGGCCGGACAAAAGCCGAAACUUAUCAGUUUAUUCAGAUUCAAAAGCUCUGUGGAACCGACUCGUUCGCUUGGCUGGAGGACUGCCCCCUCUUACCUGCUAAAGGCCACAAAAAACGUCAAGUUUCGCAGCGUUUCAAUACCCUAAUCGCGCGUGAUCGCAGUUCAGAAGCUGUUGUCGCUUUCAUGGAUAAGGCUUUGACAGUGGAUCCCAACCACCGACUCUUGGCGGGCGAACUGCUGAAAUGGGAACACAAGGGCGUAUCCUUAUUCAACGGCCCUACUCCGACUCUUAUGGGACCCGGGUUGAUGUCAGAGCUCAACGCCAUCAUGUAGGCGCCCCGUGGGUCUACACUGGUGGCUCAGGCGGCAUUUUUCGAACAAAAUGAAAUCCACACAAUUAAAAAAAAGAACAAG